CGCACAUGUGUGCCGCUUUCAUCUAAUGUUGAAUAUUGGACGUUUUAUUCAUAUUUAUUUUACGUACAUUGAUAGUAUAUAGAGCCUUGGCAAAUAUUAUCAUUAAAAUAUUUCAGGCUCGGUUGGUGGCAUGGACGACAGUAGCGUCAGCGAGGGUGUCGAGGAGGCGCGCGAGGCCACGGAGAGUCUGCUGGGCGCGCUCUCGCCGGCGGCCGCCGACGACGGUGCCCGGAGCGCGGCCAGCAGCCCGAUCGGGCCGGCGGCCGUGCCCGAGUCGCCGCCCGCCACGCCGGCGGCCGCCACGCCGCCCGAGUCGCCGCCGCCGGCGCCGCAGACGCCCGGCUCGCCGCCCGAGUCGCCGCCGCAGAGCCCGGCCGCGCCGCCGGCGCCGCCGGCGCGCCGCUCCACGCCGCUGACACAGGAGACGCUGAACCUCACCAUCGAUAAUGACCUGGACUUUGAGGCCGAGGCGCCCGAGCCGGCCGGCGAGUGCGAGGCGCUGCCGACCGACGCCGCGGACACGGGCCGGGACGGAGACGGAGACGGAGACGGGGACCGGGACGGAGACGGAGACGGAGACGGGGAGGACGGCGAGUGCGCCGACGACGAUGAGGUCCCCGCCGGCCGGAGUGGGCCGUCGGGCGGCGCGCGGCUCGACGACGACGACUCGCUGGAGGAGGGCGAGAUCUCGGACGACGAGGACAAGAACCUGCGCAACGAGCCCAAGUCCAUCUGCCGCUUCUUCAACAAGGGCCAGUGCACAUGGGGCAUCAGCUGCCGAUUUAUCCACCCUGGUGUGACAGACAAGGGCAACUACAACAUGUUUGCGCCGGCCAAGCCGCCUCCGCCGCCCAAACCAUCAGACGAGGAAGAGGAGCAGAAGAAGAAAGAAGAAGAAAAGGAUAAGGACAAAGAAAAAGCCGAGGAUAAGAAUAAGGAUAAAGAUGAUGAAGAUAAGCGCGCGCCGCCGCCGCCGCCGCCGCCGGAGCCGGCGCCCCGGCCGGGGCCCGGCUUCGAGACCGCCUGGGAGCGCGCCAUGAGGGAGGCCAAAGAGCGCGUCCGGAAGGCCUCCAAGCGGCGCCAGACAGACGUCGAUUUCGAGGAGAAGAAGAUGAACCUGAGCCUGGCGCAGGCCGAGUUCGACAAGGAGAACGACUAUUACACGCGUCCGGCGAGCCCUACCGUCAAGGAGGACGCGUACCGCCGCCGGGGGUUCGUCGAUCCGUACGACCCGUACGACCCGUACGAGCCGCGGCGCCGCUCGCCGCCGCCGGAGGUGUACCGGGUGGCGCCGGCGCCGCCGUACCCGCCGCGGCGGCUGCUGCCGGGCCGGCCCUACCUGCCGCCGCGGCCGGGCCGCGCUCCGUUCCGCGGCCGCGUGGCGCCGCCGCACCCGGGCUACCCGGCGGGCCCGCCGCGCCGCCGGCCCGCCUCCCGCGAACGGCUCAGCGAGGAGCGCCGCUUCGGAGCGUCGCCGCCGCCGGAGCGCAGCUGGAAGGCGGAACGGUACCGGGAGGUGGCCACCGCGCGCCGAGGCAAGGGCGACGAGUUCGUCGACCCGUGGAUGCGCGCCAAGUCGCCCAAGGGCGGCCGCCGGCGGCGCAGCUACUCGUCCGGCUCGUCGGCGCGCUCCUUCUCCUCCCGCAGUCGGUCCAGCUCGUUCUCGUCGGCCAGCCGGUCGGGCAGCAGUCGCAGCUCGUCUCGCAGCCGGUCCGGCAGCAGCGGCUCGCGAUCGCCGCGACCCGGCCGGCGCAAGGUGUCGUCGGCCGGCCGCGGCGGCCGGUACCCGUCGCACACGAUGGGCGCCAUGCUGUCGGCGGACUCUGGCGCGGCCCGGCACCGCGACAAGGAGCGCGAGCGGCCCGCAGCCGCCGGCGAGUUCGAUUCGCGCACCGGGCGCGACCCUUCGCUGCGCGCCGGUCGCGAGGCGCGCCCGCCGCCGCCACCACCACCACCGCCACCGCCGCCGCCGCCGCCACCUGCGGCCCGCGCGGCCAGGGCGCCGGGCCGCGAGCCCGAGCCGCGGUCAGCGCCGCACAGGGAGGCGGAGGGCCGCGAGUCGCGGCCGGCGCCGCCCGGCAGAGGCGACGAGUCGCGAUCCCGGGACAAGCCGGAGAGGGCGCCGAGCCGGCCGGGCCGCGCGCCGGCGCCGGCCGGCCGGAAGGCGGCGCCGGCGCCGCGCCGCCGCCGGUCUCGCUCGCUGUCCGACUCGUCCGACUCGGACUCGUCCCUGUCCCGCUCGCCGUCCCGCUCCCGGUCCCGCUCCCGGUCGCGGACACGGGGACGCGGCUGGCGCCGCUCCCGCUCGCGCUCGCUGAGCACGAGCAUCUCGUCUCGCUCGUCCCGCUCGUCGUCUGGCUCGAGCCGCUCCCCGUCCCGAACACCGUCACCGAGCUACAGGAAAGGACGGCGGCCUCCAGCGGGACGGAAACCGCCGGCCGCCGGCCACCGGGGCUCCGUGUCGCCGCCCGCCGCCGCUCCGCCCACACCGCCGCCCCCGCCCCCUCCGCCGCCGCCGGCCGCGGCGUCCUCGGCCGUGAGGUCGCCGCCGGCGGCCGCCCGCGCCGCCCCGGCCGGCUACGAGCCGCAGCAAAACCGGCGGCCCAUCGACGCACUGGCGGACGCGGGCAAGAAGAAGCAGAUAAAGCUGACACUGCGCGGCCCGUCGUCGGUACAGCCCAGCCAGCGGGUGGUGGACCGGCUCGGCCUGCACGACACGGACGACUCGGAGCCCGAGUCGGCCGCGCCGCCGGCCGGCAGCGCCCGCAAGCGCGCCGCCGACCAGCCGGCGGCCGGCGCGCGGCCCGCCAAGGUGCCGGCGGUGGCCGCCGGCCCGGCCGCCGCCGCCGCCUCCACCGCCCGGCCCACGCCGGUGCCGCGGCCCGUCACCAAAAAGCCGUCCACCUCGCGGCGCGACGAGCUGAUGAAGCAGCUCAAGGCCGUCGAGGACGCCAUCUCCAAGAAGCGCACCAAGCUGGACGUGCCCAAGAAGGUGUAGCGCCGCUGGCCGGCCUCGGGGAGGUGUUUGUGUGUCUGUGUGUGUGGCCGGGGAGCGGAGCGCUGGUCGCCGGCCCGGGCGACAGCGGGGCCCUGGCCGGUGUACCGGCGCCGGCCGGGCCGAGCUGCGGGCGCCGGCCGGGUCCCAGUAACGGACGGUGUGCGGGCCCCGGCCGGGUCCCAGUAACGGACGGUGUGCGGGCGCCGGCCGGGCCGAGCUGUGGGCGCCGGCCGGGUCCCAGUAACGGCCGGUGUGCCAGCGCCGGUCGGGCCGAGCUGUCCGGCGACUGCCGUCCAGCGGAGGCGCCAGAGACGGACGCCGGGCCGCUGAUUUCAUCGAUCAUACCCGGCACGCCUUGUCCGGCGCGAUUUAGUGUGAACUCCGUGUUCUCGAAUACGGAGGGCACAGACACGAACCAGGGACUGCACAUUCGGGGGAGGGGGGAGGGGGCUCUUGUAGACCAACACAUCGCUCGCUGUAUCCUGUUGGCUACAUUUUAUCGUGAAUAGAGUUCCCGGUGGACAGUG